AUGUCGGGUUUUUUUUCACUAGGGGGAGGGUUUGGAAUUGGGAAAGAUGAUGAACAACGACAUGAUCAGAAUCAAGAGCAGGAAGAUAGUAUAAUCACUCCUAAUAGUUUGUAUUUGUUCAAGAACGAGGAGAUCUACAGCAAAGGAUUUGAACUAUGGCAACAGUAUUAUCAGCUUCACCAGCACCGGCAGCAGCACCACCAUCAACAACCGCCGCAUUAUGAUUUGGGUGUCGCCGGUAGGAGAAGAAGUGGCACUGCUAGUGGUGGUCUGGAUGAUCUUUGCCUUAACAGCAGCAAUAACAACAACAACAACAAUCAUCUUUACUCGUCUUCUUGGAAUAAUAUCAUCAGUAGAUCGGUUGGGAGUGGCGAGGGGACCAAAGUGAUGAGGCAGGCUGGGUAUGGAAUCGGCGGCGAUCACGGCGGUGGAGGGAGUAGCAGCGGUGGUGGUGGUGGUGGGAUGAAUUGUCAAGAUUGCGGCAACCAAGCGAAGAAAGAUUGUCAGCAUAUGAGGUGUAGAACAUGCUGCAAAAGCCGUGGGUUUCAGUGUCAAACCCAUAUCAAGAGCACCUGGGUUCCGGCAGCUAAACGGCGAGAACGUCAACAACAGCUCGCUUCAUUAACUCAACAACAACAGCAGCAGCAACAUAAUUUAGGUAACCACCAGCUGAGUCUCAUGAUGAGAGGCGGCGGAAGUGGCGGAGCAGGCGAUGGUAUUGAUCAGAAUCCAAAGAGAUUACGGGAGGAUCAUCAUCUCUUGACCGUUGGUGGCGGCGCCGGCGGUGGUGGUGCUGUGGCUGUAAAUUUGCCAUCUUCGCAUCAUCACAACACUUCAUCAGAAGUGGGUCAUUUCCCGGCGGAAGUGAGUUCUCCGGCGGUUUUCCGGUGCGUUAGGGUGAGUGCAAUGGACGAGGCGGAGGAGCAGCUGGCAUAUCAGACGGCAGUUAACAUCGGUGGACAUGUUUUCAAAGGAAUUCUGUAUGACCAUGGUCCGGAAGGUCGAUACAACCACCCAGGUGGCGGAGAUAGCUCCUCCGCAGGCGGCGGCGGUGGUCAACAUCAACAACUUAACCUCAUUACUUCCGGUACGAUGGGAAUUGCCACCACCUCCGUCAAUCCAAAUGUUACUUCCUCCAUUGAUCCUUCAUCUAUAUAUCCAACACCACUCAAUGCUUUCAUGGCCGGUACGCAAUUCUUCCCACCACCAAGAUCUUGA